ACAGAGGGAGAGGCAGAACUGUUGCUCAGAGGAAAAAGACAAUACCCACAAGGACUUGGAAACAGAAAAAUCUAAAGACUUGGAAGUUAGUCAGGAAAGUCAAACUUUUCAGAAAAUGAGGGCCUGAGAGGAUAGAAAGCAACAACCUCUCUCCUCACUGCAAGGGAAAGCAGAGCAGAGCUGACAAGACAAACAAAGCCAGCGAGUGUUUUGAGUUUGGAGGGUUACAGCUUAUACGGAAGUACAGUAUUGUUAGAUGAGCAUGGGAGAAAAACUUUACUUGUAACUCUUCAGAAUAGACAGGUGAAGAGAAAACGAGAAUUUGUCUGCACUGAAGCUUGAGAUCCAUCACUGGGGCUAUGCGGAUCUUCAAUAAACACCUUCGCCUUCAAGAUGUCACCAUCGUCUACUUCACUGCCCUGGCUGCUCUAAUGGUCAUCUUGGUGGCUUCCUAUCAGGCACCCACCAACACUGUUGAAGUAUCCAGGUCUAAAUCAAACCCCUCAACCCCUGUCCCGCAUCUCCCUAUGCCCUUCCGUGUACCACUUGACCCACGGGGGGAGCUUCAGCUGGCUUGGAACAUCAGUUAUGCUGACCAGGAGGUUUACAUGCAGCUGAGGGUCACAGAGCUCAGACACGGCGUGGUCCUGGGGAUGUCCGACCGCGGUGAGCUGAACAAUGCUGACCUGGUGGUGCUGUGGGACUCUGGAACAAAGAGCUACUUUGGGGAUGCAUGGAGCGACAGCACGGGUCAUGUUUCACUGGACAGCCAGCAAGAUUACAAGUUGAUCGAAGCUAAACAGAAAACUGAUGGAUUCUACCUGCUCUUCAAAAGACCAUUCAGUACCUGUGAUCCAAGAGAUUACGUCAUCGAGGAGGGAACUGUGCACAUCAUCUAUGGAUUCUUAGAUCAACCACUUUCCUCACUGGAGCAACUGAACCUGUCCCGGAUCCACACAGGAGUACAGAGAGUGCUGAUGCUGCGCUCCGACACGCCGCCGCCCACCCUGCCUCCAGAUGUGCAGACACUGGAUGUCAUAGCGCCAAAUGUCAUCAUACCAAAUCAGGAGACCACCUACUGGUGCUUCAUCCAGAAGCUGCCUGAAAACAUGCAGAAGAACCACAUUGUCAUGUAUGAGGCUGUGAUAACGUCAGGUAACGAGGCCAUCGUGCAUCACAUGGAGGUGUUUGAAUGUUCUCCGGAUAUCCAUGAUGUUCCAGAUUACAGCGGCUCCUGUGAUGACAAGAUGAAACCAGGCAAACUCAACCGCUGCCGCCAUGUGCUGGCUGCAUGGGCUAUGGGUGCAGAGGCUCUUUACUAUCCUCCUGAUGCAGGGCUGCCAAUGGGUGGACCAGGAUCCUCAAGGUUCCUACGUCUGGAGGUCCAUUACCACAAUCCUCUCCUUAUAUCUGGUCGACGUGACUCAUCAGGGAUACGGCUGCAUUUCACCCCGAGCCUGAGGCGGUAUGAUGCAGGGAUCAUGGAGCUGGGCCUCGUUUAUACUCCCAUCAUGGCUAUCCCACCCAAACAACACACCUUCUACCUCAGUGGAUACUGCACCUCCAAAUGUACCCAGACUGCCUUGCCUCCAGGAGGAAUCUAUGUAUUUGCAUCCCAGCUGCACACCCACUUGGCAGGGCGUGGGGUGAGGACAGUUCUGGUAAGGGGAGGCAAAGAGCUGGAGGUGGUACGGGAGGACCAGCACUUCAGUACACACUACCAGACGAUCCAAGUUCUAAGGAAAAUUGUGAACAUUUUACCUGGCGACAUCCUCAUAACAAAGUGUACUUAUAACACAGAAGACAGGAGCAAGCCUACAGUGGGAGGUUUUGGCAUCAUGGAGGAAAUGUGUGUCAACUACCUGCACUACUACCCUCGAACUCAGCUGGAGCUUUGCAAAAGCCACGUGGACCCAGGAUACCUGCAGAAAUACUUUAACUUCAUUAACAGGUUUCAUGGAAAUGACCAGUGCGUGUGUGGGGAGGUGAGCGUGACUGAGCAGUUUUCUCAGCUACAGUGGGACACAUUCACUGGAGAAGUGCUGGACUCCCUUUAUAACACAGCCCCAAUCUCCAUGCACUGCAACCAGUCGACUGCAGUCCUCUUUCCUGGAGAGUGGGACAAACAGCCUGUACCGGUGGUGACUGCCGUCCUUGAAAAACCUCGCUACCCCUGUGAGGGAGGAGCACUUCCCACCAGCCGACCCCCUACACCCCCAACCUAAGCCAGGGGAACCUGACCAGGGGAAAGGUACAGCAGCUCCUGAGACUUGCCCAGGCUUUAUCUUGGUCUCUGGGGAUAAAGUAUUUCCUCUACUGACUUUCCCGACAGCCGCUGUAAUCAUAUGCUUUAAAUACACAUCUAUAUUAUAGUACACAGGUUAAUCGUAGUCCUUAUUAAUAUGUUUGAAAACAAGGAGACGGGCAUUAUUUCAGACACUAAAGUUUGAGACGGGCAUGUACAAAACAAAUAUUUAUGAUUAUCAAAUUGCCACUGGGGACAGAUGUGACGCUACACUGCUGGUCACUAACGUCUGCUACAUUAUUUUAUAAGGAAACAUGAUUUACUGCCCCUUCACACACUCACCAGCCCCUUUAACAGUCACACCUGUACAACUGUAUGCAAUU